AUGCACGACCUCCGCCGUCAAGCGCUCGAGAGCGGCAAGACCAUCUCGCGCAAAGCCCGCUCCCGCCAGGCGUCUGGCCAGUCCUCUCGUGCCGGAUCCGCCGCCAGCUCUCGCGCGGCCUCGCGCGUUGCCAGCCGGAAUGCCUCUGAUGACGAGGAGGGCAGUCUCAGCGACAGCACCAACUUCAGCCUCAACUCGAUCGACGAUAUCCUCGCCACCGAAGACACCGACAUUGACGGGCCCCCCGAGCUCUGGAAAGCCGAACUCAACGACCGCAUCGAGCAGCUCGUCGACCGCAAGCGCAGCAGCGUGCAGGGCCGGGAGGAGAGCCUCGCGGCAUACACGCACCUCCUUACAUCGCACUACGCAAAAGACGACAUCAGCACCCGGAUCAGUGAACUGCUGCCCGCGAUCCUCAAGAGCAUUAAGGCGGACACCAGCGAGCGGGAGACGGUGCUGGCCCUCAAGGCACUCGCCGUGACCGUCAUCACCGACCCGAGCGACACCAUCUACGACGCCGCGACCGGCGCGCUCAAACGCACCAUCGCGGACUCGGGCUCCAUGGCCACCAAAGCAGCCGCGAUCCACACGCUCGGCACAGCCGCGUUCUACGGCGGCGCAUCCCUCGACGAGACGGAGAACGUCAUGGCGUUCCUGCUCGAGAUCAUUGAGUCCGACGGCGUGAGCGUCAGCGCAGACGACAGCGCCGAAGUGGUAACCGCCGCGCUCGAGGAAUGGGGCUUCCUCGCCACGCAGCUCGAAGACAUGUCCGAAUCCACCGAAGAAGCCAUGGACGCGCUAGUCGAGCAGCUCGAGUCCUCGUCAUCCGAAGUCGCGAUCGCCGCCGGCGAAAACAUCGCGCUGCUGUACGAGAAGUCCUACACCGAGCUCGAGGAAGGCGAAGACGCACCCUCAGACGGCUCCGAAGAGUCCGACGACGAGGACCCGGACCACGACGCCUCCGCCCCGAAGAUGGUGAACCGCUACGCCGUGUACCGGCGCGCCGAUCAGCUCAAACACACGCUCGAGACACUUGCCUCCAUCUCCGGCCGCGGCAUCUCCAAGAAGGACCGCAAGACGCUGCACUCAUCCUUCGCGGACAUCCUGCACACGGUCGAGCAUCCGACGCGCGGGCCUGCGUACAGCACGGCCGUGUCGCGCGAGACGGGGAAGCGGUACGGCAGCCGCAUGACGGUGCGCAUCAGGGAUCAUGGCGAGAUGCGGAUCGACAAGUGGUGGAAGCUGAGCCGGCUCAAGGCGCUCAGGCGUGUGUUGCAGGGCGGGUUUGUGAGGCAUUAUGAGGAGAAUGAGGUCGUGUUUGAGAGUCUGCCGAUUAUGAUCUCACGGAAGUAG